GAAGAAGAACGAUACCAAUUGAAUUUUAAAUAGUCGGUAAAUUGUAAUUUAACAGUUCUUAACAAACUGGCACAGAAGUCAGUUAGUGCCAACUACGAUGGGGAGGCUUUGGUUUCUAGUCGCCUACCUGUUGUUCAGCAAUCUGCAGAUCCAAAUAAGUUUCGCCACCGAAGAUGGAUUUAUUUUGAAUAUGAAUCCCGAUGACUCCAAGGAAUAUCCUUUGUUUAAGUACGAAGGGGUCAAAAUUCCUGUGCCUACCACUGGCUUAUUGUAUCCCAGGGAAUCGGAGUCUCGCGAGGUGCUCCGCUUAGAUGGCCUAUGGAAGAUGGUAAUAAGUGACCCAGGAGAUCCCCUUCAAGGAAUAAGGGAGAAGUGGUUUCAGAAUACACUGAGAAAGAUCGGAAGGGAGAUUAUUCCAAUGCCGGUACCCGCCUCCUACAAUGACAUAACCACGGACGAUUUGCGCGAUCACGUAGGCACCGUUUGGUAUGAGCGGACUUUCUUUGUGCCCCGGUCUUGGAAAGGGAAGCAACGCACCUGGCUGCGUUUCAGUAGCGUUCACUACUCAGCUGUGGCUUGGAUCAAUGGCAGAAACGCCACCAGUCACUCAAUAGGCCACUUGCCCUUCGAGGCGGAGAUUUCGGAAUUGCUCAGUUUUGGCGCUGAGAACAGAAUCACAGUAAUGUGUGACAACCGCUUAAGCAAUCGCACCAUUCCCCAGGGCUCGGUUAGCAAAGUGGCCACGGAUUUUGGCACUGUGCCCGUCCAGAGUUAUACCUUCGACUUUUUCAACUAUGCAGGAAUACAAAGGAGUGUUCACUUAUACACGACUCCCCUGCUGUAUAUCAGCGAUUUGGAGGUAACAACCCAACUAACUGCCAAGGGAAUUGGUCGCAUAGACUACCGGGUCUGGCUGAAUGGCAGCAAAGAGAGUCUCGGCAUUAGGCCCACUCAUCUUCUAGUUCAACUUAGAGACAGGGAUGGACACGUAGCCGCUCAGCAGGUCAACAAGGCAGUCUACCAUGGCACCCUGCUGGUGCCGAACGUCAAGCCCUGGUGGCCAUACUUAAUGCACCCUGAUCCCGGUUACCUCUAUGAUCUUCAGUUUGACCUCUUUGCGGCCAGCGACGAGGAGAUAAAGGCGAAUGCCCCACAGGAUGUCUACCGCUUGCCAGUCGGCAUACGCAGUUUAGCUUGGAACAACGAAAGUCUGCUGCUCAAUGGAAAACCGCUCUAUUUACGGGGAUUUGGACGCCACGAAGAUUCCGAUAUCCGCGGCAAGGGACUGGACAAUGUCCUCCUGGCCCGUGACUUCUCCCUACUGAAAUGGAUUGGGGCCAACGCUUACCGGACCUCGCACUAUCCCUAUUCCGAGGAGUCCAUGCAAUUUGCCGACCAGCAUGGGAUUAUGAUUAUCGAUGAGUGCCCUGCCGUCAACAUUGACGUGUUCGAACCACAGCUAUUGGAGCACCACAUGUCUUCGCUGGAGCAACUGAUUCACAGGGAUAGAAACCACCCAAGCGUUGUUGCCUGGUCCGUGGCCAAUGAGCCGAGAUCCCACAAGCAGGGAGCUCUUAAAUACUUUGAAUCCCUGGUAAACUACACGAGGGACAUUUCUCACGGUCGUCCCCUCACAGCGGCAAUUAAUGCAAGCCCUUCAACUUGCCACUUGGCGCAGUUCCUGGACAUUGUGGGCUUCAAUCGCUAUAACUCAUGGUAUCAAAACUCGGGACGCACUGAUAUGAUUGUUAAUCUUCUAACGACAGAGGCACAAAGUUGGCGCGAUAAGUUCGGAAAGCCAGUGAUCCAGUUUGAGUACGGAGGCGACACAAUGGAGGGCAUGCAUUCGCUCCCCGCCUUUAUUUGGUCCGAAGAGUACCAGGUCGAGCUUUUCUCCCGGCACUUUAAGGCUUUUGACGAGCUCCGCGAGCGGAAGUGGUUUAUUGGAGAGUUCGUUUGGAACUUUGCCGAUUUCCGGACCGCGCAAACCAUUACACGAGUCGGCGGUAACAAGAAGGGUGUCUUUACCAGGAACCGGCAGCCCAAAGAAGUGGCGCAUAUUCUUAGGUGGCGGUACUUUGCUUUAGCCAAAGAGUUGGAUCAGUGUAUUGUGCCUGAGGAUCUAAAUCUAUACAUUUCUAAGCCCAUCCAUAGCGAACUCUAGAUACAGAUUCAUAUAUUUACACAGAUACGCACAAAGUGAGCUUUAAACACUAAUUUAAACACAAUUAUAUUAUAUAUUUAGAUGCUCGUUAUCUACCAAAAACUAUAAAUGUACCUAUAGCCAAAUGGUUAUAAGUUUAUUAACUUGUAUUAACAACGUUUUCAGUAAAUCUAAACAGAAAAUA